AUGGCGACCGACGCAACUCAUGAACUUUCCCAAGUGAUAUCUCAAGGGCGUACAAGUCCUGUGCAGUUGGCGACGCCUAUCGAGCAGCUCGAGGUCCAAGAGGCGGAGGAUGUGCAGAGUGAGAUUGUUUAUCCCAAAGGAUGGAAGCUGUGGUCGACGAUGGCCUCGCUCUGCAUCGCGUGUUUUCUUAGCGGUCUUGACCUCACCAUUGUCGCAGUUACUGUCCCAAGUCUCACUGAUCAGUUCCAGACGAUAUCAGAUAUUGGAUGGUACUCGGCUGCAUAUGGAAUGACCAUGAGCGCCUUCGUUUUCUUCAUCGGACAAGUCUAUACCCUCUUCUCCGUGAAGCCCAUCUUUCUCAUCGGCCUCGUGGUUUUUGAGAUCGGUUCUCUCAUCUGUACCCUCGCCCCGAGCUCUGCCGUCUUCAUUUUCGGCCGUGCCAUCAGCGGACUUGGUCGCGGCGCAAUCAACGGCGGCCUCUUCAAGCUUUUGCGUCACUGCUUUCCCCUUUCUCAGCAGGCUCUUAUGCACAGCGUCGUUGGUGCAUUUCAGAGCGCGGGACUGGUUUCUGCGCCUACGAUUGGCGGUGCCUUGAUCGAUGCUUUUUCCUGGAGAGCCUGCUUUGGCAUCAAUGUCCCACUUGGAGUCGCUUGUAUCGUUUUGACGGCUGUUGGAAUUCAUGAUCCUGCUGGCAACCAGAACGAGGGACUAACUCUCAAGCAAAAGCUCAAGAAGAUCAAUCUCAUGGGAACUAUCCUCAUUGUACCCGCCAUCACUUGCCUUCUCAUGGCCCUACAGUGGGGAGGAUCAAAGUACGGCUGGGGCAAUUGGCGAAUCAUCUUGCUCCUCGUCCUUUGCGCAGUCCUUUUUGCCGGAUUUGGCUAUCUGCAGCAUCGCCAGAAAGAAGAAGGAAUUUUGCCUCCUCGAAUCUGGAAGCAGAGAAGCAUUCUUGCGGGAACUUGGUACUCGGCAUGCGCGGAAGGUGUCCUCGCCGUGACCGAGUACUACAUGUCCAUAUACUUCCAGGGUGUACGAGGUUACUCGCCGACUCAGUCAGGUCUUUUUGCUCUUCCUAUGAUCGGUGGUCUGGCGGUGGCUAUGAUUAUCUCUGGUGUUGGCGCAACCAUGUUUGGAUAUUAUUACCCCCCUAUCGCUUCCGGGCUCCUUACAACUCUCAACCUGGAAGAACACGUUGCUAAAGGCGUUGCUCUUCUAGGUUUUCUGGGCGCAGCAGUCGGUCUAGGCCUCCAAGGUCCGCAAGUUGCACUGCAAGCCGUGCUACCUAUUGACGACGUCUCCCUGGGCGGAGCAUUUAUCAACUUUGGAUCAGGCAUGGGCUCAGCUUUGUGGAUCUGUGCUUCGGCAACAAUGUUCCAAAGUCGCCUCAUUGAUGAAAUCCAUUCUUCUUCGCCCGGCACUAAUGCCACUGACAUCAAAGACGCCGGCCUCACAGGACUACGGGAACGCAUCGGCCCCGACAGAUUGGAAAGUGUUCUAGCCGGAUAUGAGAAUGCGGUUGUGCAGACGCUGUAUAUCCCCUUGGCGCUAGCGAUAUUAACCAUCGCUGGCUCGCUUGCCAUGGAGCGAAAAUCUCUCAAGAAGAAGCAAUCUUGA